AUGACCUCAAAUAAUGUCAUUUCUCCUAAUUCGGGUGGCUAUGUUUCCGAUAGCGGACCUGCGUAUUACGAUGAUACUAAGAAAAGAGCAAAUUCAAGAAAAUUGAUUACAGAAAAACGGGAAACCGCUAAUCAAUCCAAACAACAGAUAGGAUCGGCAAAUACUAGCGAUUAUAUCGAUCUAUUACGACAUAGCAGCAAAAAUAAUCCUCAAAAUCAUGCAGGUGAUCGUCAAGUAAAAGAUAAAAGCAAUUAUAUUGAUCGGACUUCGCUGCCAGUCAAAAAGUUAUCUAAACCGGAAAAAUCACCAGUAGCAGUCCCAUCGAAUAAUGAUAGCCAAGUUAGUCCGCGGAUUAAAUUAAAAGGGGACAAUGGUAAAAAAAAAGUGAUACAGCAAGAAAACGAAUCUGGAAUCAGCAAGAGGCCUCAAAAAUUAAUAAAAGACAAUAGUCAUCCACGGAAAAAAUUUAAUAAAAAACAUGCAGAAAUGAAUAAAUUUUUAAGAAAUUUAAACUUAGUCCGUAGUCGACUAAUAAGAUCAGCUAGUGAUAGUACACUUAAUAGCCCAAUAGUGCUACAAAUUACUAAAUUUCAAUCCAAAUCUGACCUUAAUGACUCGUUUAAAACGCAUUUACAUAAAAGUCUUAGUGAUAGUGCUCUCUACAAUCGCUGUAAUAGAAAAAAAAAUCACGGUUAUACAAUCAACUACAAAUCGAUUCUAUCAUCGGGUAUUCCAGUUAAGACAAUAUUAAGUCCAUAUGUAGUGACAAGUAAUAAAAAAGCUGCUUCUCAUGUUUCACAAACAAGUAUUAAUUGGUCUCUAGAACCUAACAAUCGAAAAGGAGCUACAACACCAGGAGUAAAAUCAUUUCUUAACGUAGAAGAAGUCCUAGAGGAAUUUAAAAACUCAGAAAGAACAAUUUAUGAAUUGAAGCAUAAAUUGAAUAAUAAUGUUUAUGUUUUUCAUGCCUUCCAAGACAAUAUUACGAAACUAAGUCACGAUAUAAAAGAAUUGCGAGAAAAAUUAUACGAAAAGGAUAUUAAAAUUAUUGAGCUACAAGCCGGUUUAAGAGCUUAUCAAAGUCAGCAUGAAAUUAAUAUUUCCAGUAAAAAUUUGCUAUCGCGACUUGGUAAAAGGAAUACCGGUAGUGCUGGCAGUAACACAGACUCAGGAUCUACAAUUCAACUUGAUCGAAGUGAUACUGGUUCAAUCGAUGCUGGCCAGCUAACAGAUGUGACUACUGAUGACGAAUCUGCCAAGAAUAAGAAAAAGAAGAAAUCCUGGAUCGGUUUUAGAUCAUCGUUUGCGUCUAGAAAGAAAUCUUCAGGUCGUAAAGAUGAUAUAUUUAAUGCAGAUAUAGAUGUAAGAGCUGAUACGGAUCCAAAUUCGCCAAGAACGGCUACGGUUGGGCGAUCUAAAUCUACAAGAAUGGAUACUCCACCUAGUAUAAUAACUAAAAGUAUAACGAACCAGGGGUCAACGGAUAAAGAAGACAUUCUUGAUUCUUCAACAUCGAAAGUAACAGACUUGGAAUUAAUCGAUGAAUUACGAACUGUCAUCAAAACUAAAGACGAACGGCUCAAUCGCUUACAAAGAGAAGCUGUUACUUCAAAUUAUCAAUCACUUCAGUUAACUAAAAUAGUGAAGGACUUGCAAACUCAAAUUCUACAACUACGUCUGGAAAACGAAAAGCUUAACUUUCAAGCUAAUCUUUACUCGUUAAAGACGCCUGAAGCAGGCUCAGAUGAAUCUAUCUCGUUCAGAGAUGAUAUUGGCGUAGGACAAAAUAACAAAUUAAACGCCAAUGUAAAGUUAAAUCAAUUAGUGGUCAAGAUAUAUGUUGGAAGUUCACCAGCAUUGAUACGGCUACUUAUAAAGAGACAUUGCAGCCUAAUUGAUCCCGAGGGAGAGCUCGGUCUUUCAGCAUCUAGCAUCGAAUGCUACGAAAUAAAUACUGUAAAGCGUUACAUAGAAAAACUGAUUAAUUUAAUAGGAGAUGAAGAGAAUAAAUCAAUAAAACCUUUCCAUUGUUCGAAAAAGAAAGACCGCGAUAUGCCGAUGCUGAUUUUAAUCUAUCUAAAAAGUGUUCAACUUGGUUUUACAGACUCUAUAGUAUAUCAAACACUAAUACCAAAAUUUUAUAUUCAGCGAUAUUUAGCAUUGCUAUUAGAUAAUCGCUUUGUCAUAAUUGAUGGCGCUUCUGGGAGUAUAAAAACGUUUCUUGCUUUUAAGCUAGCAGAAUAUUUAGUCCAAAGAUGUGACAAAUCAGUUGAAAAAGGAAUAGGUAUCUUCAAAGUUACCAAUAACGCUGAGGACUUAAUCAGUUACUUGAAGCAGCAACAGAGCAGCGGGUACUAG